AUGACUUCUGUCAUCUCUAAAUUUGUCAUCAAGACUCUGUGCGACCAUCAGGGUUCUUUGGACUUUAAGUGCCUGGAUGAGAAGAUCGCACAGAGUUUCACUGUUGCGGAAGCAGUCCUGCGGACUGUCCUCUUCGACGACGGUAAAAUAGCUAUUCAAGAAGGCAGACAGAAGGUCGUCGGUAAUCAAAUAGUCAGCCCGGACAGUCUGAUAGUGGCUAAAACCAGUCUGCGGCUCUGUCAGAAAAAACCCGGAGAGUGUCCACAGUGCGAUGGGUUACACCUGUGCAGGUAUUUUGUUUGCGGAGACUGCACGUUCGGACCCAAGUGUAAAAAUCCCCAUAGUCUGGCUUCUCCAUACAAUGCAGAGCUUUUGAAAAGAUAUGGUCUUCACGAUUUGACGGAGAAACAGCUGUUCCAGCUGUUACUGCAGAAUGAUCCAUAUCUGCUUCCUGAGAUCUGCCCACAUUACAACAAGGGCGAUGGUUUGCACGGUUCCUGCAAGUUCACCACAUCCUGCAGCAAGCUUCACAUAUGCCAGCACUAUCUCCAGGGUGACUGUAAGUUUGGCUCUUCCUGUAAGAGAACCCACAAUGUUGAAACGCAUGGAAUGAAGAUUCUGCGAGGAUUCAGUCAGGAGAAUAUCAAAAACCUUCAUGAGAUCUACAGAAAUAAAUUAAUCGUCAUGGGUCAACAGGAGAGACGAGCUACUGCUGUUCCUGCCCUGCCCAAGGUGAGAACCCCCACUAAGCAGCCUUCCCACAACAACCCUGAAUCCCCCACUAGUUCUGCUUGUCCGUUUAAACCCAUGAGCGAUGCUGACAGGAAUGAAAUCUGCCUCUUCUUCAUUCGCAGACACUGCAGCUUCAAAGAGAAGUGUGUUCGUGUCCAUUGGCACCUGCCUUACAGAUGGCAGGUGUUAGACAGUGAUGGUAAGACCUGGAAGGACCUGGAAAAUAUGGAAGACAUUGAGAAGACCUACUGCGACCCAUAUAAUGACACAAGCUGCAUUGAUUCACCAUCGCCCACCUUGGGGAUUUUCAGAUUUCUGUCUUUACAAAGCUCUGCAUCCCCCGUUGUGCAAUCCGUUGACUUCAGGACGAUGAAAUACGGAGGGUCUCCAGUUCGUCGCCUGUCCACCGCCUCCUCUGUCUCAAAGCCCCCUCACUUCAUUCUUACGACACAGUGGCUGUGGUACUGGAAGGAUGACAGCGGGCAAUGGCAGGAAUAUGGACAGGGUGAUGGUGAUGUACCAGCCUCUGUCACUUCUCAAACUCUGGAGAAUGUCUACCUGGCAGACAGAGAUACAGAGAUUCCCUUUGGUGCUGGCAAACAGCAGUAUAUCCUCCACUUCAAAGGUGAACCGGGAACAGAGCAGAUGUUUCAGCAGAAUGUAAAAUUCAAAACCAAGAGGGAGGUCAGAAGGAGGCCUCGCUUUGUGUCUACUCUUGAUGUGGAGGUGAAGCUAAAGAGUGCGUCGUCAAACAGCUCCAGCUCCUCCACAGCUGAAUGUCUCCCAUCCCACUGGGACAAGACUGCCCAACCGGAUUUUGGAUACAAGCUCGUACAUCUCUCCAAAUCUGCGAAGGAGUAUAUUAUGAUUGAGCAGUUGUUUAAGCGCACCAUGCCCCAGGGUAAAAUUAACAGCAUCCAGAGGAUCCAGAACCCCUCUCUGUGGAAAGUCUUUCAGUGGCAGAAAGAUCAGAUGAAGGGGAGGAUCGGAGGGAAAGCUGUGAAUGAGCAGUACUUGUUCCACGGGACAGAUGAGUCCCUGAUUGAGGCAAUCUGCGAGCAAAACUUUGACUGGAGAAUGUGUGGUGUCCACGGCACGGCCUACGGCAAAGGGAGCUACUUUGCCAGAGAUGCAUCCUACUCAGACAGAUAUGCCAGGGUCAAAGGAACCCUGAACAAGAUCAUGUUUGCUGCUCUGGUCCUGGUGGGGGAGUAUACCAGAGGAAGAAGCAGCUAUGUCCGGCCCCCGUCAAAAGGAAACAGCACAACCCUCUACGACAGUUGUGUUGACAGCGAGAGCGAUCCCAGCAUCUAUGUUGUCUUUGAAAAACAACAGAUUUAUCCAGAGUAUCUAAUCAAGUACUCGUAAGUUACAAUGCCGUUGUUUCUUUUGCCUAAGUUGUUGGUCAGGGGUAAAACUCUAUUAUGAAACGCUCUUUACUUUUACUGAAAGAACUUAGUGGCUUUGUUAAAGGUUUGUGGAGUUUUACAGUGGUGUAAGAAGUAUUCAAAAGAACAAGACAUCAUUUUAUUAACUGAUAAUGUCACAAUUGUUUCCUCUGAAGAGUAGCGGAGUAGAAGUGUAAAGUAUGGAAAUGGGAAUGCUCAAUGAGAUUUUGUGAGACAGUGUGUUUGGGGGAAUUAAUGUUACCAAAUACUUUUUGCAGAAUGUAUAGAAACAGAAAAUAAGACUUUUCCUUGGAAAAUGUCUAUUCUUAUGAUGGGAGUCUAUGUUGUGAUAAAAAAUGUCUGCUAUUGUCAUGAAUGUAAGUCUAAAUGGAGGAUGCUGAGGGUUACCAAUAAUACGGUGAUCAGAUAUGGAGUGAAAUGAACUGGUUAUGUAAUAAACAUAUUACAAAUUGCCAUUAAAGUAGUCAAUGUAAUAUAUAACAAAAAACAAACAAAAGAGAAAUCUCA